AUGGCCAAAAGGAGGCUCAGGCGUACAAGGGUUCUUAUUGUUUUGGAUGAUGUAAGUAAACCAAAGCAGUUAAAGCAUUUAGUCAGUGACGGUGACCUUUUUGCGUCUAGUAGUAGGAUUCUCCUAAAGAUAAGAGAUCAAAAGGUCCUUAGGACGAUUAAAGAUAGCUAUAAGGUCAAAACAUUUGAGUACGAGGUUGAGCAAUUGAAUUAUAGUGAAGCUCUUGAUCUUUUUAAUUUUACAGCUUUUGAUGAAGUAAAGCCUCCCACAUCAGAAUACGCCGAACUAUCCAAGCGGGUAGUGUAUUAUGCUGGAUGCAUUCCGCUAGCUAUUAAAGUUGUGGGAAAUGACCUUGAAGAGAUGAGGGACUGGAGAAGGAUGAGAAAAGGGACUGCAAAUAUUCAAGGACUAUUCCUAGAUUAUUCAGAAAUUGAUGGAGACAUACACUUGGAGCCUACAAUUUUUGAAAAGAUGUGUAAUUUGAGAUUGCUCAAAAUUGUUGGUAUUUCCUUUUACAAGCAACGAAGAAUGUACAUUCAACAUGAACAUGAACGAGGAAUGUACCUUCAACAUGGUCUACAGUAUCUUCCCGAUUCGCUUCGAUAUCUUAAGUGGAAUGAAUAUCCUUUGGAAUCUUUACCACCAACCUUUAAGCCGAGCAAUCUUGUUGAACUGAAGAUGAAACAUAGUCAACUUAAGCAACUUUGGGAUGGAGACCAGGUCAUUGAGAAGUUAAGAGGCAUUGAUCUAAGUUACUGUCGUAAGUUGACUCGAAUUCCAGAUGUUUCUGCUUCUCCAGACCUUGAGAGGAUAAAUCUUGCGUGUUGUGAAUUUUGGCGUGAAAUUCCUUAUUCACAGAUUCAGCAAAAUCUUAACAACCUUAUUGAGGUCAAUUUGAGAAGCUGUGACAGCCUCCGAAAAGUUCCAGAUAGAAUAUUGGACGCGGCAUCUCUGAGAACUCUUACUCUUGACUCUCCUAACCUUCUUCCAACAGUGAUUACAUCUAGGAGCCUGGAGUUUUUAGAUUUAAGUUCAACUGUAAUAAAGGAGACUUCAUCAGUUGAUAACUGCAAACAACUUUCAAAUCUAAGAACUGGACUUCAUCAGUGGUUUGAAUAA